GGCGGCGCAGGAAAGGGGGGAAAAACGCUCCGAUGCCAGAAGCGACCUCUCCCCUGAAGUCGCCGAGCCCCAACCGGCUUCGGGAUCAGCGGCGCGGACGCUGCUUAGGGACGAGAGUCAUGAUCGAAGGCGCCCGGGGGCGGUCGUCCCCAUAAUGACGUUGCGCGAGCCUCAACGCCCCUGGUGCCAGGGGGAGGCGUGCUGGCCCUGGAGUCUGGACUCUUUACGGUCUACGUCGAGCGCUGGGCGGUGGAACCCAGUGGGGACCUCCCGCGCCUUACGGACGACCCUCGCGCGCCCCCGAUUCCCGAGUGAGCCAUUAUUCUUUAUUCUUCUUGUCGUCGAGGCUCGACCCGGAGCCAUGGCUGGGUCUGGUCCGAUGUUUAUUUGUUGUUGUCUGGUGGCGCGGAACAACAGAGAGAGGGAGAGAUGGACGAACGGAUCGGACGAGAUUGAGCUGGUUGCUAUGUUGCUAUGUUGCUUGGAGAUGGAGUCUUGUGAGCUCUUUCUUCUAGAUGGGACCGGAGAUGAGGCGCGGUUGAAUCAGAAGACAUCUCUCUUGAACUUCACAGAUCUAGUCAUUGAGGAGUAUAGAACCUAGCAUCAUGAUGGUGGUUUUGGGACGGCGAGUGCUGGAUGAUGAAACUACCAACCUUCUCUUCUGUUCAAGUGUUCCAGAAGAGGUAUUGGAAUGAAUAUUUGGAUGGAGAGAUGGUUACCCUUGGUCUCAGGCUCUCAGCAGUCAC